AUGGCGCGCACACAUUCCUCCUACACCGCGAGCCCAACGCGAUGGCGCUCACCCCAGCGCAGCCCGGCGCGUCAGCAGACCUCCGAGGAAGGAUCGCAAUAUGAGAUGGAUUUAGACGCGUUAGGGCUCAAUUCGACGUUCGAAUCGACCGAGGUGGACGAAGAGCACCAGCCGAAGGUGGAUGUCGUGGACACCAGCGAUAUCGAAGGGCCGGAGGACUUCACGAUGAACAUGACCUACUGGAUGACGGCCGAUCUGCCUGCGGCACAGCAAAUCAGGUCGCGAAAAGAAGCAAAUGUACGAGUCGCAGAGGUGCGAGGCGAUGCGCUGCAGGAAACAGAUGGAGCGCAGGACACAACAGCCGAGGGUGACAGGGCGCUUAUUGAGGACAGUUCGCGGGAUCGUGAAGUGGAGGCAGGUUUUCACUCGGCCUCGCCCACCAUGCGGGCAAAUGGCACAGAGAAUGGACGCUCUAGCAGCAAAGCUCCCUCUGAGGCGGCGUCUAUGGAGAACGAAGAGAAGGUUAGGAGUUACCUUAGCGCAUUACCGGAUACCGACAUCGGGCCGGAUGCGCUCACAUCGACGCCUUUACGGGUGCCAAAAAAGAAUAUGCUCCAGGUCCCAAGUCCAGCGGCUCCAAGGGCGCGGUCUUUGCAGGCGACUGUGGAAGACUACGAUACGCCGCGCAAACCGACCCAGGAAACGGUCAUUCACCAUCCCCAGCAAGGCGCUACGAAGAAGGAUAUAGCGGAGGAGGACGCGCUCCGAAAACAGGUCGCCGAAUUGCAAUCUCGACUUGAGCAGCAAGAAUUGGCCAGCAAGACGCGCAUCACCGAGCUUGAGACUAUACUCUCCUUUACUCGAUCCGAAUUGGACACAGCGCGCUCAGAGGGCUACAAGCAGAAGGAGCGGAUCAGCGCCCUAGAGCGACACAAUCAAGAGCAGAAGAAGAACCUCGAAGUUUCCCGCGCAUCCUUAGACGGCCGGCUCAAAGCGCAAGAAGAAGAGCUAAACGCACGAAUGCAAGAAUUCGGAGAAGAGCUGCGCCUGCAAAAUCUGGCUAAGCUGCAGAAUCAGAGGGAAGAUUUCGAGCGUCAGCUAAGAGCAUCAGAGCAGGCGAAGCGAGCAGUGGACGAGGUCCUGGAGGCACGCGGCCAGCUGUUGGAGGAAGUGCAGGGCGAAUUGAGCCAGCUCCGACGAUCGCAUGAGCAGAAGCUUCAGGGUAUGAAGAAUGCGGACUCUGAGGGACAGCAACUGAGGGAUAAUGGCUUCUCCAAGGAGCGGUCGAAAGCUGAUACUCUUCAGGCGGACCUGGAGAGAGCUACAGCAGAAGCCAGGUCUGCUCACGAGGAAGCCCAAGCAAAUGCGGCCCUUCACACAUCUGCACAACAGGAGAACGAGGCGCGUAGCUCCCACAUUCGCGAAGUGGAAUCACGCCUCGAGUCCCUUCAGUCCCAGCUUAGCUUCGCUCAAGCAGACGUAGCCGCUAAAGAUGAACGGCUGCGGACGAUGUCAGGCCUCCAAUCCCGUCUUCAAUCACUUCAAUCGCAACUUGACGCUUCCCGGACCGACGCUGCUGCCAAAAACCAACAAUUUCUUCGCAGCUCGGACUUGGAUUCACGGCUCCAGUCCCUUCAGAGACAGCUAGACUCAGCCCGCACCGACGCAACAGCGAAAGACUGGCAAAUCCUUCAGCAGAUCGAGGAGCAAGAGCGAUAUGAGCAGCGGUUGAAUACUGCACAAGGCCGCAUCGAAGGGCUCGAAACGACGGUGUCCACUCUCCGCCAACAGCUGGCGGAAGCGCACCGGGACAGCGCUAAGGCUCGCACGGAUGCCGAGCGCUCUGAGACGGACUGGGAAGAAGCGAACGACCGUCUCCAAGAGGCGCGUAAGCUCAGCAAGAUGAAGGAGUCAAAGGCCGACGCAGAGUCACAGUUGAAAAUACUACAAUCCCAGCAUGACAAGCUCGUAGAGGACCACGAAGCGCAGCUCGAAGACGUGCGCGAGAAAGCCGAAGACGCGCGGACUGAAAAGAAGAGAAUCAUGAAGGAACUUAAGAAGACUUCGAAAGAAUUCGACCAAGUCCGCGCGGAGGCUGCGCAGAAAGCCUCUGAGGAAGAUGCCUCUUUGGACGACAGCUCUUCCUUGUCCUUGUCCUCAUCCCAGGUCAAUGCCAAAGACGCCGAGAUCGAGAAUCUACGCACUCUCCUCCGAAAACAAGCCGCCACUCUCAAAUCCCUCAAGUCAGAGACCUCCACGCUCCGCAAAGAAAACACCCGCCUCAAAGCCCUCGAGAUCGAAACCACCUCGGCUACCAUCUCUACUCUCCAAACGGAGCUCUCCACCCUCCGCACCGAAAACGAGACGCUAAAAGCUGACAUUCAAACGCGAAAAGAGGACUUCGAGGCCGUGAACAAGGCCAUGGAUGAGCGGUUAGCGGGCAUGCUGAGCAAAGCGCUGAAAGAGCGCGCAAGGACAGUAGUGGGGAAGAGAGACGGGCAAUGGGUGGAGAGUAUAGGCAAGGUGAGAGAUGAGAGGGAGUUUAUGGGCAAGGUAUUGAUGAGGGAGUGGGGGAGGCAGGAGGUUGGUGUUGCGAGGGAGGAGCUGGGGGAGAGACAGGGGUAUCGCUAUCAGUUUGUGAAGAGGUCUUGA